GACUGGGAAAACAAACACAGUGAGAGAGAGGCCUGUUUUUCUCAGACUGUUUGCUGGACCAUGAGAGAAGUGAGCUUGGGAGUAAGCCUUGGUCACAUGGAGAGAUUGCUAUUAUGACUCAUGCUGGGUACUUUCUCAUCAGUGGGUGACUACUGGAUGUUAGAGGCAAGACGUGCAUGAGUAACCCUGCAUCCAGACAUGGAAAUACGCAAGAGAGGACUGAGCAAGCUGGAGAGUUACUGGGGCAUCUCUCAGGAUGAUGUGUCUGCUGAAAGUUGCGGUGGAGCAAGAGGGGGUUUACGGGUCAGUGAAAGAGAAGACUCUGGGAGAGAUUCCCAGAAUUGGUACCGUCUGAGCAUUCCACCUCUGUGGCCUUGGCAGUCUGUUGUCAUAUCAGCAGGGUUGGUAUUGGCUGUGCUUACUGGGCUGGCUCAUGCCUGGUGUGUUUACUCCAUACAUGAGAACCUGCUGUGGUUCUCUCACCUCAAGGAAGUUGAGCGUGAAAUCUCCUUUCGGACAGAAUGUGGCCUGUACUACUCGUACUAUAAACAGAUGUUGAGAGCUCCCUCCAUACAGCAAG